AUGUUUUCAGGAUUUGGAUCAGGCUUCUUCGGGGGCCAGAACUUUUCACCCGCAAACAUGAAGUUCGAGGAUUACUUCAGAUGUUACCCCAUAGCUAUGAUGCCUGAUAACGUACGGAAAGACGAUGCCAACUUUGGAGGCAAGAUCUUCCUUCCCCCUUCAGCAUUAAACAAACUCACCAUGUUGCAUAUCAGAUACCCUAUGUUGUUCGAAUUAACAAAUGAAGGGUCUGACAAGAAGACACACAGUGGUGUGUUGGAGUUCGUUGCAGAGGAAGGUAGAGUCUAUAUUCCACAGUGGAUGAUGGAAACGCUAGAGUUGCAACCCGGUUCUUUGGUUAAGAUCGCUAACCAUGAUCUUCCAAAUGGUCAAUUCACUAAACUUGAGCCACAGUCUGUUGACUUCCUCGAGAUCUCAGACCCCAAGGCAGUCUUGGAGAAUGCAUUGAGGAAGUUUUCUACGUUAACAAUCAACGAUGUCAUUGAAAUCGAUUAUAACGACACGAGGUAUGGUAUCAAGGUCUUGGAGGCAAGGCCUGAGUCGGACUCUAAGGGUAUUUGUGUUGUCGAAACGGAUUUAGAAACUGAGUUUGCCCCACCUGUCGGAUAUGUCGAGCCUGAGUACACACCACGGUCCGUGAAACCUUCUUCUACACCUAUUGAUCCUUCAAGUGUUAAGAAGAGUGCUGGUGCCGGUACUAUGGCACAAUCAAUUGACUUUGCCAACUUGGUGGCCAGUGCUAGCAACACGAAAUAUAAGGGUAGCGGCCAGAAGCUCUCGGGUAAAGCUACUGGCGAAGAAGAUAAGAAGCUUACUAUUGAUGACUUGGACCCUGAUAUUCCUCCCGCCCCUUUGCAUUUACCAGAGAACCAACUCUUCUUGGGCUGGCCCGUCACAUUACCAACACCAGAGGAGUCUGAAGCAGAGCAACCGGCAGUAAAGGCAUUCUCAGGAGAAGGAAAAUCAUUGAGACAAAGUAAGAAAAGAACAAACAAAGGCAAGGAGCAUCCUCCUUUGAAGAACCAUUCACGCAGUCCUGACUACAUCGAAAUUGACGAUUAA